GGUAAAUUUGACUGAAUGUGCUUCUUGUGUUUUCCAGUGGCUGUCAAAGGCGCUGCAGGAAAAUCCCGUGAGGAGCUGACUCUGGAGAAGAAGAGAGAGCUGGAGAAACGACUGCAGGACGUCAGCGGCCAGCUCAACUCUGCCAAGAAACCACAGAAAACCAAAGUGGAGAAGCCCACUGGGGUGGAGGCUCAUGCCAUGGCGUCUCGUCUCAGCGCCAGCAGCUCCAGCUCCGACUCCUCCUCCUCAUCCUCCUCUUCCUCCUCCUCUGACACCAGUGACUCGGACUGAAAGAACGGACAUCAAAUAAAACAUGCGCUCCAUCUCACAAUAGAAUAGAGUUCUGCUCUUAGUAACAGUAACUAAUGAGGUGUUUAAAGAAGAGCAGUGUUUCUCUUUAGAUGUGUAGAAGCAGGUCAGAGAGAAUUCUGGGAAAUGUUGGACGGAGAAGGAACUGACGGAAAAAGCAGACCAGGGCAUCGUCCUUUCUGUUAGUCCAUCCUUCUUUACUUUGUGUAUAUACAUGUACAAAGACAUAUAAAUAUCUAUUUUUCUUUUAUAAAGAAGAAUUUUAAGCAAAUCCCUGGUAGGGAAGAAAACUAAAAUCUGACUUUUUCUUUUGUAAAUAUUUUGUUGCUUUUUUUUCACACUCUCUCCCUCUUUUCGUUUGACCUUUUAGUAGUUGGUCCUUAAGAAAACAAAAGGCUUGGAGUGGAAACUGCUGUCGCUUUUGUUUGCAUGAGCGAGUGUGAUGUGUGCCAUUGAAUCCCGUGGUUUCCUAUUUACACACUGCACAUACACGGAUGUGUUGGCGCUUGGUUGUGCAUUUGAAUGAAAAGAACAAAGCUCCACCUGUUCAGAUGGCAUCUGUGCACCCAGAAGUUAUGAGAACAGGGAGUUACGUCACCCGUCUCUGUCCGAUGGGCGAGAUCUUGGCUUUAGUGGCGUGUUUAAACUUGAAUCUGAUAACUCUCCAUCCAGCCUGCUUUAUUCCCAUGGUCAAAUGAAUGAGUUCAAAUCUCCAGUGUUUUAUAUACAAACAUGCAGAAUCUUGCUCUUUGAAUUCAGCUGGGCCACAUGAGCAUUUAUUAUUUUUGGAUGCAUAAAUUAUUUUUAUGUUCAUGUGGUUUCGGUCACGAUUUCUAGAGCAUAACAGAGUCUUAGAUGCACUAUGAGAGGUACACAGCUGCUUAAUUAGGUGUUGAUGUGAAUACUGUUUGUAAAUCUUGGGUUUUUGAGUUUUAGUCUUGUUUUAGUGUGUUUAUUCAUAUUCGCCCAGAGAGUUAAUGCACAAUUUAUGGUUUUAACAAAGUGACCCUCAUAUUUAGAAAUUAAAUACUUGGAAAUAUAGUUUCAGUUUCAUAACACGACAAUAACAACCCAAUUUGACGCUUGUAUUUUUUUUCUUCCAAAAUGUGUACAUAUGUAACAGUUUCAUGACCUCGCAGCUUGCAUCUGUCAAUAUGACCUGAUUUCUGUUUCCUGCAUUAUUUUAUUCUUUGUUUACUACUGUCCUCAGCUCUUCUCUUUAGUAUUGUGGCUGUUUUUUUUUAAGAAGACAACAGCAAAACAUAACCAUGAAAUGAAACCUCAAGCUGUAAGCAUCAUCUCAACCGAUGCUUCAUGCGAUCAUUAUUCUCAUCUGAAAAAUGUCACGUUAAUAAAGAGGGUGAGAUGUCCUUAAAACAAA